AUGGACCUUAAACCACCUAACUUGUCUAAUGUCACCUUGGAGCGACUAAAAGAAGAAGUAUCAAGCGACGCAACAUUGAAAUCACUUUAUGAAACAGUACUAAUAGGAUGGCCGUUAGAUAGAUCAUCGCUACCUGCAGACCUUCGGCCAUAUUGGUCUUUCGGAGACGAGAUUUCUAUUGACAAUGGUGUGCUAUUGAAGUCUCAUCAAGUAAUCAUCCCGCCAUCAAUGAGACAAGAGAUGUUAAACAAGAUUCACAAAGCUCAUCAAGGUGCAGACAGCAGUAUGAGGAGAGCCCGAGAAACACUAUUCUGGCCAGGUAUGUCAGCGGCAAUGCGCCAAACCUGCUUGUCAUGUGGUCUGUGUGCACAGUAUAAAUCAGAACGACCAACCGAACCGAUGAAAUCUCAGGAGAUUCCCACACUUCCAUGGGAACGAAUAAGUGUUGAUCUAUUUCAAUUGGAUGGUAAAACGUACUUGGUAACUGUUGAUCAUUACAGGGAUUUCAUAGAAAUUGAUUGGCUAAAGAAUACGUCAGCAACGGCAGUCAUCAAUGCUAUGAAAAGGAACUUUGCCAGAGCAGGAAUUCCUCGUGCAUGCGUCAGUGACAAUGGUCCACAUUUCAGUAGUCAUGA